GGCGCGCAUCCCUCCGCCCAGCGUUGGGGGCGCGCAGGAGGAGACGCGCAGGCGGCGGCGGCGGGGAAGCUGGCGCGCCCGCGGAGACAAGCAGCUUUGCGCGCGGGUGCCCUUGGGACGAGACUGCAUGACUCCAGAGCGAGUCUCCAGUCCUCUUUCGGUUGACGCCACCCGCAGAAUCCCGUUGGCUUUUCCUCGCGGGGUGGGAGAAGCCUCGGCCCGUAGCCUUGCCCCCGUAGAGUCCCCAGCCGCUCUGGCCCCUGCUUCCUCCCGCUCUCGCUGGCUCGCGGACUCCAAUGUUUUCCUCCGCGGCCGAGAGGGACAAAUGGGGACCUCGCUUUGACUCUCCCCCUUCCACUUCCGCCGCCGCCGCAGCCCAGGCCAGCGCGACAGGCCGGAAGAGGAAAGCCAACUUCUCCAACGACGAGACGGAGACCCUGGUCUGGAAUGUAGUGCGGCAUUUUAGCGCACUGUAUGGGUCGGAAUCGUUCCGGGCUCACCCCGUCCGCCGGAAGCAGCUCUGGACCCAGAUCCAAGGCCGCGUCAACUUCCUCGGGUACACGGAGCGCUCCAUCGACGACCUCAAGCACAAAUGGCGAGACUUGAGGCUGGACGUCAAGAAGAAGAUCACGGCCAAGAGACCGCCCCCGGUGCACCGGCCAGGGGCGCCCCACAAGCCCCGCCUCACGCCCCUGGAGAAAAUGGUGGCCUCCACUUUCCUGCAGCCCACGCAUGACUCGGAGCCCGAAAUCGUCUUGGACCCGGAGAUUUUCUUCCCUGGAGCGUUCAAGCAGUCCUUUGUAGCUUUGCAACCGGGCCUCAACCACCCCAGUAUCUACAUUGACACCAACGGGCAGCCCUCCUCCCUCCCUGACGUGGAAGGCUCCCUGGUGCCUCGCGUGGGGGUCCAGAGCCCCGACCCCUCCUCUAUGCUUUGCGAAUACAGUCGAGGCGAAGGGCAGAGCAGCUCAGCCGAAUCGGGACCAGAGCUACGGACCCCGGAAAUGUCCGCCAUGUCCCCCCAGCUCCGAAACGAAUCCCUCGUCUCCUACGCUUCCGAGGAAGAGGAUCAGGACGGCCCAGAGGCGGAGGGCAGGAUGAGUCUCCAAGCGGCGCUGGAAGCUCGGCUGUCGGCCGAAGAAGAUAUGAAGUUGUCCAGCCGGCAGGCCGCGAUGCUUAUCCGCAGGUGCAACUCUCAGGGGUCGGCCGCCUCCCUGCCGGAGGACGCCCUCAGCCACGCGGACGCCCACUCAGACUGGGACCACGAGGGGGGCACUGACGUCCCCGCACUGGGCCGCUCCCUUGACCCCUCUCAGCCGGAGGAAGAGGAGGCGGCCAGCCAGGCCGCGGAGACGGGCUCCUUGCCCCGGGGGCUUCUGGGGCCUGCGUGGGAGAAGCAGGAGGAGGAGCAACACUCCCGGUCUCCUCUCCACACCGGGGCCCUCACCGAAGAGUCCCUGCCAUCCUCUGCUUCGCCUCACGCAGACCGGGCUCCCGCCCCACGGGCCUUGCCCAGAGGGAUGGGGUGCUCCCGCCGGCGCGAGGGUGGCCGGGAAACCUGGCGGACUAACAUCCGGCGGCUGAUGGACAUGGAGGACCAAUGGGACCAGCUGUACCACCAGGAGCUCGCCAUGUGGCAAGAGGAGAGGGCCCAGCAGCGAGACGAGCGGGCCCGCGACAGGGAACUCCAGUUCCGGCUUCUUGGGGUCCUCACCGACAUCCGGGACGAACUGCGGUACUUGCGGCAAGAGAGGGCCAUGGCGCAGCAGGACAGGGCCGCGGCCCGGCAGGAGAGGGCGUCGCAAACGGUCGCACCGGCGGCACACGCCUCCUCUCCUCCGAAACCCGAGGCAGCCCCUCCAGAGGCAGCCCCCGACUGCACCCCUCUCUUCUUCCCUCUUAAAGACGAAGGGGGCCUUUCCGGACCGCACCCGGGGAGCGUCGGCCGGGGGGAGGCGGCCAGGGCAAGGCGGAGCCCUCACGGCGUCUCCCGCCGGGGCCGGGGCCGUCCGCGCGGCUCCACGUCCAAGCACAGAAGGUUGUUUGUGCCCAGCAGCUAGGGGCGAGCGAGCGGUUCCUAAAUCGAAAUCAAAUGGACGUUGUUUGUGUACAGAGCUCCGGAAUUUCCUCCAGGUGGGCAAACGGAGGGCAGAGAGAACAAGAGUGCUUGUGUGUGUGCCUGAUGACAACGUGUGGGUAUACAGUGGUACCUCUGGAUGUGAACAGGAUCUGUUCCGGAGUCCCAUUCGCAUCCGGAAGCGAACGCAACACGCAUUGUGCGGGUCGCGAUUCACCGCUUCCACACAUGCGUGUGACAUCAUUUUGAGCACAUGCGCGAGCGGCGAAACCCGGAAGUAACACGUUCCAUUACUUCCGGGUCACCGCAGAGCGCAACCCGAAAACGCUCAACGGAUGCAACUUCAACCCCAAGUAUGACUGUGUAAGGUUUUGUUGCACUGUGCUUGGGCUUUGUACGUGGACCCGAAAAGGAAUCGCGAAUGAUUGUGUGCGACAGCUCGGCCAUUGGCGAAUGAAUGCAUGCAGUGGUGUUUUGAGUGCGGGGAAGUGGCAAGGGCGUACGGCUACCCUCACGGAAGAAAUGUCUGCGGUGUCCCUUCUACAAAUACCGAAACAUGGGCUGCGGGGAGAGGGCUGCUCAUUGUCAAUACACUGCAAGAAACACAGAGCCCACCAGCGAGUGGCGCUCUGCAGUGGAAGAGGGUGCCAGCCGGACGGGGCAUUCGAUGGGCAACUGGCUCUCGGAUUUAAUACCAGGGCAGCCGUAAGCAAGGGCAGAGAAGGGUGUUAGCUGGGAAGGACACACUAAGUGUGCGUGUGAUGGAGUGCGUGUUUGUGUGGACAAGUGCGGAACGUGUUUUGUAUGAGUAGGAUUGUGGGUUAGUUGCUGUUCUUCAAGCGUUUUCUGUAACUCAUUUAACGGACUGAUUUGCCUAUGUAUCUAUAAACACUUUUUGGAAAGAAAAAGCAAACAACCAGCCGAA